UAAACUACAAACUUAAAAACCUUUCCAUCAACAAGAACAAAAGCCUUGAAGCAACAAGAUUACACAUUAGCAAAAGAAAGAAGAAAAAAAUGCAGAAGAUGAAUUCAAAGGGAGCUGAAGUUGCUACACCCACUCAAAUAUAUGAAGAUUUUGUGCCAUCUUCAAAGCUGGUUAAGGAAGAACAUUCUGACACUCUUCACCUUACUCUUCCAGGUUUCAAGACGGAACAGAUGAGGGUUCAACUGACCGAAACAGGAAUUCUGAAGAUCAGUGGACAAAGGCCAAUUGGGCAGAAUAAAUGGCAGAGAUUUCAGAAGGAAUUUCCAGUUGCAGAAAAUUGUGACCAAAGCAAAAUCAGUGCAAAGUUUGAAAAUGGCACGCUUCAUAUUAAACAACCAAAACUGAUAACUUCAUCAGUGAAAAAAGAUAAGGAAUUGGCAGCCACAGAAGCUGAGAAUAGCCCUGCAGCUAAAAGACAGAAGACCUCUUUAAGAGAUGAAUUUAGUAAGCAGGAAAAUGCUGAUAUUAAUACACCUGCUAAAGAAGAAUUAAAGAACAGUAGUACUAAAACCAGUGAGCAAACAGAAGCUAAAAAUCUUGCAGGAAAAAAAUUACCAGCAGAUGAAAGUAGUUCAAGUAGUAGUUCUUGCAGUGAAUCUGAAAGCGAAUCGACUGAUGAUGAAACGACCGGAAAUGCUAGUUGUUUGGCUGCAAGCCUGAAGAAGCCAAGGAAAGUGAUGAAAAUGACUCUUGUUGCUCUUUCAGUUCUUGGCAUUGGGCUCUAUGUUGCCAACGUGAUGAAGUCUGCAAACGAAGCUGAAAAAUGAGAAUAGUCUUUCUGUAGACAAAAUUGGUUGGGAUGGUUUGCAUUUCCUCCCAGCUAUGAUUGUGGAUAGAAUAACUAGCAAAGGAUCCCAUUUUCAUUUUUAAACUGUAAUCAAUCAAUCUGUUAUGAAUCUACAAAUUUACUAUACAAAUUCAAGCCAUAA